AUGGUCUUUGCUACGCUUGAUGUAGGUACCGUGACAUGGCCCUCGUUGACGGCUGAACUCGGCUAUGACUCCGAGUAUCUCACCUACAGCUACGCAGCCGGACUCGCAGGACUCGCGGUGGGAUGCGUGCUGUUCAUCCCGGCUGCAGUGCUGCUGGGAAGGAAGCCAGUAUACCUGUGUGCGUCCUUGACAAUGAUCUUGGUCAACGUUGGACAGGCUCUUUUCCAGACGAAGACACAGUACAUCGUUUUGCAGGUAUUGGCGGGACUAGCCGGAUCCGUGAACGACACUAUCAUACAGAUGACGAUCAUAGACCUUUUCUUUGUUCAUCAGCGUGCUACAGUGAAUGGUAUCUAUUGUGUGAUGGUUGUCGCUGGUACAUACCUCAGCUUGAUUCCAGCGGGAUACAUUAUCCGUACUCAAGAAUGGCGCUGGGUCUGGUGGUGGUGCGCCAUCUUGAAUGGGGUCGUCUUCGUCCUCAUAAUAAUCGGCUUUGAGGAGACGAGGUAUUCAAGACAAGAGGAAAAUUGUUUCAUUGGACAAGACGUACAGUUCUUCGAGAGACCCGAGGAAGACGAAGCUAAAGACCCGGUAUCUUGGGAGAAGAAAAGACAACCAUCAAGACCGGAGUCCUUGCCCACCAUACCGGCCGGUGAGCAAGCAGUGAUUCAUCGCCGUAACUACUCUGAGAGAGUAACGUGUCGAGGCCCCCCGUCCGAUCUCAGCAUUGACACGUACUGGCGACAUUUGAGACGACCGUUUGUCCUAUUCUUCCGCAUUCCAGCGGUCACAUUCGUGGCUAUUGAGUAUUCCAUCAUGCUUUGUUGGGUAGCUGUUCUCGCCACCACGCAGCCUCUUCUUUUUGCCGCGCCCCCAUAUAACUUCUCAUCAGUCGGCGUGGGGAAUAUUAACAUUGCUACAUUCCUGGGUGCCUUCGUUGGAUCUGUGUACGGGGGCCCCUUGAAUGACUACUACGUGGUGAAGAUGGCGCGUAAACGAUCGGGGAUUUACGACCCGGAGAUGCGACUUCAUAUGUUAUUGGCGCCGUUUGUUCUCACCCCUUUGGGGCUAUUUCUAUACGGUAUUAGCAUUGCACAUGUUUGUCUGACCCCUUCCAGCUCCCGAUCGAUACUUACGGGUCACAGGAACAACCCUGGAUCGUCCCUCUAAUAGGUUCUGGGCUAGUAGGAUUCGGUCUGGGCUCAUCUACGUCGAUUAUAUUGCCCUACUUUGGAGACUCAUACCCAGAGCUCGUUGCCGAAGGGCUUGUCGUCAUAUCGUACAUUCGCAACGGCAUUGCCACGGCCACGGCAUUUUCCAUUAGUCCCUGGAUGAAUGGCCUAGGCGUUGAGAAGAUGUUCAUCAGUGCAGGUUGCAUUUGCUUUGGAAUUCUGGCCAUCACAGUUCCCAUGAUUAUCUGGGGGCGAUCACUGCGUAGUCGUACGGCUGAAAUCUAUUUCAACAUUGUGGCCCAGGGAUGACGGCGAAGUCAAUUUUGUUUCCAGGUAGUUUUAGGAAUGAAGAGUGAAGAAUAACCCUG